AUGCCGUCAGGCAGUCCCACUCCCACUCAGCGGUUUGCUACGGCGGUAGGAAGGCACUCGAUAGCCUUCUUCACCUGCCGGAAAGGAGUCGAAAAGGGAGCCAAGCCCCUCUUGUUGGACCAGUUGGCCGGCCUGAAGGUGGACAGGCUAGCCACAAAGGAUCAGGAGACACCCAUUAGGGUGCAGUACCUGGCAGGAGUCUUGUUCUUCAGCCUGGCCAGGGGCGAUGGAAAGAGAGUGGGCAACCACGCAGAGUCCCAUAUAGAGGAUGAGGCCGUCCCAGAGGCGGGGUAUGAGGACGGCCCCACACCUGAGGCUGGCCAGGUGGUGGUGGCCGUCCCCGCACCGCCACGCCUCGGGUACUCAGCCCCCUCACCGCCACGCCUCGGGUACUCAGGCCCCACACCGCCAGGCCUCGGGUACUCAGCCCCUUCACCGCCACGCCUCGGGCACUCAGCCCCCUCACCGCCACGCCUCGGGUACUCAGCCCCCGCACCGCCACGCCUCGGGCACUCAGCCCCCUCUCCGCCACGCCUCGGGUACUCAGCCCCCACACCGCCACGCCUCGGGCACUUAGCCCCCUCUCCGCCACGCCUCGGGUACUCAGCCCCCACACCGCCAGGCCUCGGGUACUCAGCCCCCACACCGCCACGCCUCGGGUACUCAGCCCCCACACCGCCACGCCUCGGGUACUCAGCCCCCACACCGCCACGCCUCGGGUACUCAGCCCCCACACCGCCACGCCUCGGGUACUCAGCCCCCACACCGCCAGGCCUCGGGUACACAGCCCCCACACCGCCACGCCUCGGGUACUCAGCCCCCACACCGCCACGCCUCGGGUACUCAGCCCCCACACCGCCACGCCUCGGGUACUCAGCCCCACACCGCCACGCCUCGGGUACUCAGCCCCACACCGCCACGCCUCGGGUACUCAGCCCCACACCGCCACGCCUCGGGUGCUCAGCCCCACACCGCCACGCCUCGGGUACUCAGCCCCACACCGCCACGCCUCGGGUACUCAGCCCCACACACCGCCACGCCUCGGGUACUCAGCCCCCACACCGCCACGCCUCGGGUACUCAGCCCCCACACCGCCAGGCCUCGGGUACUCAGCCCCCACACCGCCACGACUCAGGUACUCAGCCCCCACACCGCCACGCCUCGGGUACUCAGCCCCACACACCGCCACGCCUCGGGUACUCAGCCCCCACACCGCCACGCCUCAGGUACUCAGCCCCCACACCGCCAGGCCUCGGGUACUCAGCCCCACACCGCCACGCCUCAGGUACUCAGCCCCACACCGCCACGCCUCGGGUACUCAGCCCCCACACCGCCAGGCCUCGGGUACUCAGCCCCCACACCGCCACGCCUCGGGUACUCAGCCCCCACACCGCCACGCCUCGGGUACUCAGCCCCCACACCGCCACGCCUCGGGUACUCAGCCCCACACCGCCAGGCCUCAGGUACACAGCCCCACACCGCCAGGCCUCGGGUACUCAGCCCCCACACCGCCACGCCUCGGGUACUCAGCCCCCACACCGCCACGCCUCGGGUACUCAGCCCCCACACCGCCAGGCCCCGGGUACUCAGUACUCGCACCGCCACACCUCGGGUACUCAGCCCCACACCGCCACGCCUCAGGUACUCAUCCCCCACACCGCCACGCCUCAGGUACUCAUCCCCCACACCGCCACGCCUCAGGUACUCAUCCCCACACCGCCACGCCUCAGGUACUCAUCCCCACACCGCCACGCCUCAGGUACUCAUCCCCCACACCGCCACGCCUCAGGUACUCAUCCCCCACACCGCCACGCCUCAGGUACUCAUCCCCACACCGCCACGCCUCAGGUACUCAUCCCCACACCGCCACGCCUCAGGUACUCAUCCCCCACACCGCCACGCCUCAGGUACUCAUCCCCCACACCGCCACGCCUCAGGUACUCAUACCCCCGCACCGCCACACCUCGGUUACUCAUCCCCCACACCGCCACGCCUCAGGUACUCAUCCCCCACACCGCCACGCCUCAGGUACUCAUCCCCCACACCGCCACGCCUCGGCCACAGGAGGCACCACUGUCGCGGCAAGAGUACAAAUUUAACACCGAGUGGCCGCCCUUCUGGCAAUCAGAAUCCCUGACGCUACAUAGCCCGCGCCGCCAGAUCCCGCCACUGAAGAUGUACCAGUCAACGGACCAAAGAACGUUCUACCUCUCUGUUCCCUCGGGAAGAAAAGCGAAAUGUCAGGAAGCCCCAGGCCCAGAGGAAGCCCUUUCGGACCGGAACUGCAUUUCCCAAACCUCACCAAGAGAAAGCUGCCUCUUCCAGUCACCGUGGCUCAAGAUACUGACUCCACAACAGCUGGCCUCCUGUCAGGCUGGGUCGCCUCCUGGCCCACCACAACUCUUCACAGUGCCCAAGAAGGACUCCGACAUGGACAGACUAGUAGUGGACCUCAGUGCCCUGAACAAGUAG